AUGCACGAUUCCACUGAUCAACGUACCCAGCCAUGGAAGAAGUGGUAUGCUCCUCUUCCCGAAGAGGCUUCCACCGGUCGUAUGAUUCUUUGGGGAAACAACGGCAAUGAUAAUCUCAACCGCAACGUUUUCGGAACCAGCUCCCCUGCCACUUUUGCCGCCAAGCAACAGAUCGAGUCACAGAUCGCUGGUAAAGGCAAAUAA